UACCGGAUCCGCUUACCCGGGCCAUAAACCCUAUCUAAAAGGCGCGGUCGAUGAGCUAUUCCAUGCCCUAUUCCUGGGGUUUGACUGUAAGAGUGUGGGGGGAUUGGACCCUGCUGGGCCCCGAUUUGGCGGGGGUUUGCGAGAUAGCUUGAUCGUUGGAGCUGAUUGUGUCGUGGUUUUGAGGGAUUAGGGAUCUGCGCAGGAUGUGCAAGGAGGUGCACUCGUGUUUUUUUCUUCGACCGAGCGGCAUGGCAGCUUGUAUCGUAUCGCGGAAUAUUAGUAGUGUUUCUCUGAUGUCAAGAUGUCAGAGGCGUUCAUUAGUGCUUGUGCAAUGUUGCUUGCUUAGCAUAUUAGCAGUUUCCGCGAAGUUGUAGCUGCGCAUGCAUUCAAGCUAGCUUUGCAGUCUUUGAGUUAGGAGAUAGCUUGGCGAGAUUUUGGUCUGAUUAUGGGUGAAAGGUUGCCGAUUGCUUUCCGGUGUAUGACGAAAGUGGAUGAUCGUAUACGCUAUAGCAUGCUGGAGCCAACAGCAAUGGAAGUGCCAAUUCCUGGCUCGGUGAGCAAUGCAGUGGUGCCUGUGCCUGUGGUUCACAAUCCACGGGCACGCAAAUUGCGGUCUGCAGUUUGGCAGGACUUCACGAAGGAGCGCCGUGCCGAUGGCAACUGCGUUGCUGUCUGUAACCACUGCAAGAAGCAGCUCACAGCAACGAGCCGGUCAGGCACCACGCACCUGCGCAACCACCUCGCAAUCUGCACCACCACCUCCACACGCCGUGCUGGUAAGCGACGAAAACUUGUUGUGCGCCGUAUUCUCCACAGCAAAACGUCCACUGAUGGGCGGUCUGGUGAUGGCCACACCUCUGGCGAGGACCAUGACAACAAGGGCACACACUUUGAUCAAGAACUCAGCCGCCGAGACCUUGUGCGCAUGAUUGUCCAGCAUGGCUACCGGUUUUCAAUAGUGGAUGAUGUGGGCUUCCAAAAGUUUGUCAAGAACCUCCAGCCUCAGUUUAGGAUGGUGUCGUAUGACACAGUGAGGGCUGAUAGCAUGGAAAUAUAUGAAGGUCAGAGGAUUAAGCUACAAGAUGUGCUCUUUAAGACCCCCUGCCGGGUUAGCAUCUCAGUUGAUAUGUGGCGGUCGAAUACACAGAUGGACUACUUGUGCUUGACCUGCCACUACAUUGACCAUGCCAAUGAUGAGUGGAAAGUUAAGAAAAAAAUUCUCAACUUUGUCAAUAUGGAGGCACCUUUUACAGCUGAUCAGAUUGCUAAUCUCAUUCUAGAGAAGUUGCACAGUUGGGGUAUUGACAGAAAGCUAGCUGCUGUUAUACUAGACAACUGCACUGGCGGUGAAAUUAUUGCCAGAGAGCUUCUGAAAGUUCUGCAGCCUAGGAGACUUCUAUUAAAUGGGGAUCUGUUCCAUGUUCGCUCUUGUGCAUAUAUUCUAAAUCUCACAAUCCAAGAAAGCUGGGAACAGGCAUCCGAUAUAUCCGGUAGGGUCCGCAAGAUGAUUAACUAUGUGAAGUUUGAAAGGUUCCAAAAGUUUCGGGAUAUUGCAAAGGCGCUUCAUAUGGAUCAAAAGCUGUUAGUUGUUGAUUCUCCUGAUAACUGGUCUACCUCUUAUUUAAUGUUUGAGUCUGCAUGCUACUAUCAUGAUGUGCUUGUGCGCUUGGCAGAACAGGAAGGACACUAUGAUGCUUUUCUGGCUGCUAAUGAUUGGGCUGAUGUGAAAGCCCUCACUGAAAUACUAGAUGUAGUCUAUCAUGCUAUGGAGAAGUUUCCAGUGGAAAACCCAACUGCAAAUCUCUAUUUUAAUGAGAUGUGUGAGAUUCAUGUUCUUUUGAGAACCUGGCGCAAUAGUCCGUCUCCUGUUGUUGCCAAAGUGGCUAGCCAGAUGCUCUCUAAAUUUGAGGGCUUCUGGGAUCUUACUAGGCCUGUAAUGGCAUUUGCAUCUAUUCUUGAUCCUCGUUACAAGAUGAAGUCCCUUGAAUACUUUUUUAGGCUCAUUUAUGCUGAUGAGCAAUUUACAGCGAAGACAAUGAUAGAUGUCAUUCAGAAUACCUUUCACAAUCUGUAUAAUGAUUACAAACAUCAAUCAUCAGAUUCAUGGAAGAAUCCAUCUGUUAUCUGUUACUCUAGGAACAGUGGCUCUUGCAUGGGCUCUGGGUACAGCAAUGGGGAUGAUUCUAAGACCUUCUCUCGUAUCACAUUAUCUGAUGCUCGACGGGGACUCGAUCAGUAUAUACAGGAGACAUCAUCAGGCCAAUCCUUGAAGUCUGACUUAGAGAUGUAUCUCGAGGAAGCAGUCUAUCGUCAAAAAGAAGGAAAUCAGGAUAAUUUUGACAUCCUGGGAUGGUGGAAGUCCUUUGCAGCCAAGUAUCCUGUACUUUCUCAAAUGGCUCGUGAUAUUUUAGCUAUCCCUGUAUCUAUCAUCCCUUUGGACAGUGAAGCCCGUACACUAAAUGAGUAUCUCAGUACUAUGGACCCUUUAACAGUUCAGGGAUUGGUGUGUGCACAAGAUUGGUUACGAGAAGACACAGAAGUUGCCGGUUCAGGUGAUCAUGCAGAUGACAAUGCACCACGUGGUGACGAACUUAUUGUGGUGCCAAACUAAAUAGGUGAAUACACUGGAACCACUGCACUGCUUCCAGUUUAUUUCCCAUAUCCUUUUUAUCAUAGCCCUUGUUGAAGAUGUGCAUGCACGAGAUGUUCCGGCGAGAAAAAGUUGACAAAAGCUUGUCAUUGUAUACUUUCUUGCCGUUUGUUUGUCUAUGUGAGAAAACCAUAAAAGGCACUAAAGCACAAACCUAUGUGGUGCAGUUAAGGUGUUAAAUAAUAUAGUAGUUCUACAAUCUACAGUGUCUGUUUUUGAAUGAUAUUUAGUUGUGUCCUCAACAGAUGAGAGUACCAACAACCUGAAUAGCAUGCAUUGGCAUUUCGAGUCACUUGAUAAGUUUUACCAGGAAAAUUAUGUAUAAAUAAUUUUCUAUGAUUAUAACAACAGUUGCCAUGGUAGAACUACUUAUGAAUGCCUAUUAUAAA